AUGAAUGAAUAUUCCUACAAUGGCGGCUACGAGACCACGUCGAUGGACCACGGGGAUCAAUAUGGGACGAAUGAUGCGAUGAUGAUGGGUCCGGGGGAUGUUGGCAAUGGCAUACUGGGAGGGCAGUCGCUGGACGACAUUGUCGACCAGAAUGCCAAGAACAUCAGACGACAGAGCAUGCCGCAGCAUUAUGGAGCAAGCACUAGGCAGGCCGAUAUGGAUAUGAGACGAAUAUCGAUGAUGCACUACAAUAACGCUACGUCGGCUGGUGCAAUGCACAAUUUCGACUUCGACACCGGUGAGAAUAUUGACCAGAAUGGCAUGAUGAAUGGCACAACGUCUGCGAGUCUGGCGCAAAACAAUGGCAGUGCGGCCCAUAGUCGGCGAGAGUCCCGGAGAGACCUCAAUCUGAACACGAGCUAUGCGCCUUCAACGCAAGGCUUCAAUUCCAUAUUGAACUCGACCUCGGCUUUCGCGUCCCCAGCACAUGGUCAGAAUGGGAUGGAUAUGGCAAGUCCAUACAUUGAUCCCAAUCUGAAUAUGUCGAUGGACUAUGGUCUAGAACAGCUGCCCAACGAUGCCAUGAAUGGAGACGGUAUGAACAUGAAUCUCUACAACCAGCCGCAAUUCAGCAACUCCGUCAUGAACUCGCCCAUGCAUGCGAAUCCAUCACAAGGCACCCCAAGUACGAGCAGAACAGCAUCCUACAACGAAUCAAACAACAACCGCAGUGGCCCAAAUACGCAAUACGGCGGGCAAAGUGUCCAAUCAAGCAACGGGACAGUACGCGGCCUCGAAAGAAGUCGCAGCAUACACCUUUCGGAUAUGAACAGUCCAGCCGGCGGUGACAGCACCCCUACGAGUCAACCUCAAAUCCAACCCCAACAGCCGACCCAGAAUCUGCCCCCGCCAGGCCAAGGCUUCAAAGGACAACCACAGAAUCCUCCGCGCGGCUCGGCGGAGGACAGAGGCAUGCAUCGUCACGAACCAAUGCAAUACGAUUACAAGCCUCGUAGCGACGAGUUCACAGUUGAUCCCAGCAAGUACAACCCGAAUAAUCAGGGUUUCGACUGGGAGGAAGGGGAGGGAGGAUGGCCGUCGACGAUGGUGAAUCGGCCGCAUAUGCAGAGUUCGUACAAGCAUGCUUACUCGUCGACUGGAUUUGAUAUGCUUGGCGUUUUGAUGCGGGUUGCCACUCGACCGAAUCCAGAGAUCAACAUCGGCGCCGUUGAUCUAUCGUGCGCUUUUGUGGUCUGCGACGCCGAAAAAGACGACAUACCCAUCGUCUACUGCUCUGACAACUUCGAGCGACUGACUGGCUACACCAAACAUAUGAUUCUAGGCCGGAACUGUCGAUUCUUACAGUCGCCUGACGGUACUGUGGCACCAGGGCACCGAAGAAAAUAUGUUGACGAUGAUUCUGUGUUGUAUCUGAAGAACAUGAUUAACCUACGACGAGAAGCGCAAAUCUCACUAAUUAACUAUCGAAGAGGAGGGCAGCCAUUUAUGAAUCUGCUUACAAUGAUUCCCAUUACGUGGGAGACGGACCAGGUGAAGUUCUUUGUCGGGUUUCAGGUUGAUCUGGUGGAGCAGCCCAACGCUGUGACUAACAAAAAUCCGGACGGCAGCUACUCGAUCAACUAUCAGCGAGGCAUGACUAUGCCAAGAUAUGUUCUGAAUGCCCCAGAUGGGUCGCAGAAAGCCGAUCUAGGUCAGACGGUACCACGAGAUGAUGUCUCCGCGAUCCUCACGACUAUCGGUACUGGCGAGUCCGAGUACGCGAAACGUAUGUGGGACAAGGUCUUGCUCGAAAACACUGACGAUGUGGUACACGUGCUCUCACUCAAAGGUCUAUUCCAAUGGGUGUCGCCUUCUGCUCUCCGGGUGCUGGAGUACGAGCCGAGUGAAAUCAUCGGCACGGCACUCAGCUCGGUAUGCCAUCCUAGCGAUAUCGUGCCCGUCACACGAGAAUUGAAGGAUACUUCCUCUGGUGCGUCCGUGAAUGUUGUGUUCCGGAUACGGCGGAAGAACAGUGGAUAUAUGUGGUUUGAGGGCCAUGGGUCGCUGCACACUGAGCAAGGCAAAGGUCGCAAAUCGAUCAUCAUGGUCGGACGCGAACGACCAGUCUACACGUUGAGCAAGAGCGAGAUCGUCAAUGCUGGCGGCAUUGGCGAGAACGAGCUGUGGACAAAGAUGUCGACCUCUGGCAUGUUCUUGUACGUAUCGUCUAACGUGCGACAACUACUGGACCGACAACCAGACGAGCUCGUUGGCGUCAGCAUACAGACACUCAUGCGAUCCGAGUCGAAGAACGAAUUCAGCCGGAUCUUGGAACAUGCACGUAUGGGCAAGAAAGCAUCGGUCAAGCACGAAAUGAUCAAUCGUCGAGGCCAAGUCAUGUCUGCUUUCACAACCCUUUACCCGGGCGACGCCACCGAGGGGCUCAAACCCACAUUCAUCGUUGCGCAGACCCGACUAAUCAAGUACACGCGAGGCACCCAACCAAUACGACCAACCAUCUACGCCAAAAGCGAACGACCCUCUAAUGAAUCAUUAGAUUCAACUUCGCAGUCCCAAACACAGACGUCCGUAAACCCUACAGGAGCCGAAACACCUAACUCCGGCGUCUCCAGCAGCCAGUUUGUCGGCACAAACGAGCACGCCACGACGUACGCCGGGCAAAACGGCCUGGUGAUUGGCCAUCAAGAUGUCUCGCUCGCAUCAGAAGAUAAUCUGUUCGACGAGCUGAAAGCAACGAAGUCGAGCUCGUGGCAAUACGAGAUCAGGCAGUUGGAGAAGCGGAAUCGCAUGUUAGCCGAAGAAGUGCAGGCCUUGAUAGCGGCGAAGAAGAAGAGGAAGAGGAGGAAGAACGGGAGUAGUAUGACCAAAGACUGUGCGAAUUGUCACACCAAGGUCACGCCUGAGUGGAGGCGGGGACCGAGCGGGCAGCGAGAUUUGUGUAAUAGCUGUGGGCUACGGUGGGCCAAAUUGAACGGUCGCAUAUCUCCCCGCGCUUCAUCCAAACACUCGGUCUCAGACAAAGGCUCCAAGGUCUCCGUCUCGUCGAACCCAGCCCGAGGCGGCGGGACUGGCGCACAACAACAGCAACACCCUCCCAAUCCCGUCAAAACCGAGUCCUCGCAGACUCAAGCUUCUUCGCACCAACAGACGCCGAAACCUAAUGCUGACUGCGCUACAACAGGGCUCGAGCCAAAAGAGUCUCUCAAUGCCAUGCGGCCGUUGAUACCCGAUGGUCAUGCGGCGAGCAUGGAGGGAGCGUGCGGGGUUCCUGAUAAGAUUGACGAGGGCACUGAGCCGGGUUGA